AUGACCCAUACGAUUGAUCUGGGAGAGACAUCUCUUUCGACUUCUGAUCUCACAUUGGAGAUUACGCUCCACACAUCAAUACAGAUCGGUUUUACUGCAUCAUGGAGCGCAGGAGACGUAGGAAUCCUCGAGGAGGCGGUCCACUCAAGCAAAGUCUGGCUCGACCAGACCCCCGAGCUCAGAUUACACAUCUACAUCAAAGCCACUCAGAGCCCUGUCUGUCCUAUAUCAAAUGUGACAUCUAGUGUUGCGGAUAUCAUAUGCACCUCCAAGAUCUGGCAUGAUUUAGGUCUUACAGUCUACCUGAAAAGCUGCGAGUAUAACGACCAAGGGGAUGGGAUUCAGGUUUCGCUCGGGGCGCGGAAAACCCCAAUACGAUCCGCAUUGGCGAAGCGGUCGAGAAUCCCGACUUGGUUGCGGAAUCCCCAGGAAGCUCACCCUCCUCCCGCUGUCCCAGUCGCUUCUGUCUCUACAAUCAAUGUUGUUCUGAGGAUCAAUACAUAUGACGAGCUACAUACAUCGAGUUUCCCGGCUUGGAUCCCUACCAUUCCAAUUUUUAUUGAAACCUGUGCUUCAAGCACUACACCGGUGAUUGACGCAGAUAGAGAGUUGAACAUCCUCGACGACGUCUACCAAAUACAAGAAGAAGAGAAUAGUCAACCGUAUUCGUAUAUCAACGAUGACUCCACUUUCCCAGAAGAGCACGACCACAUAUCCCAAGAUUUUGUCUCCCUUUUCAAAAACGGUCUAGAAGGAAUAAUCGCAGGUCCAUCUCACCAGGGGAACUACUACAUGGCAAGCCCUGAACCCGAAUCCCCUCAUUCUCUAUCCCAAACAGUCCCCACAGUUUUCAGCCCCGGGUACAGAGAAGUACUGAACGCCAACCCCCCCCCCCAAAACCACCCAGCAAUGAACCAACGCGCCCAACUAAUCCCAUCAAUCGCCAAAUCGAUCACCUCCCUUCUAAAAACAACACGCAACCCCAUAUUACGCGAACAAGCCUCCAAUCUACAAAAUCUCUUCCCCAAACACCCAAAAGCAGCUCAAAACCUUCACCCUCACCCAAACACGGACAUCAUCAACCUCCGCGACACAAUCAAAUCAUCCCUCUGGUGCAUCGCGCAAAAACAGCUCUACGACCCACAAGCUGCACGAAAGCUACACUCCUCACAAAAAACAAGAGCAGAAUUAUCCCUCGAAUCUGGGCUUCUAAGCGACGACUCCCUCCUCGAGGCAUUCGGAGAGAAUGUUCUCGGAGAGUAUAAUCACAGAGAAGACACCAUAUCAGACUCCUACAUCGGCGCGGACGACGACGCGGCGGAAGAAGAAGGAGAUACCUGUUCGCUCUUAUCGUUCGAUAGAGAAACUACCAUUUCUCCAAGUAGUACGUUUACCCCACAAGAUAUUGUUAUUUUUGAUUUGUGUCCCGACCAAGAAGAGCUGCUUUGCUCGUUGCUUGAACAUGCGCCUCGUGGGGACGAAGUGUCUUUGGCGGAUGCGGUUGAUUAUGAGCUCCAAAAUCCAAUGUCUCUUCCGUGGCGAAGAGACGGGAAGGAUUGUGUGGGAGACGAGUCCGAUUAUAUGCUUUGUGACUAG